AUGCUUUAUCAUUCUAUGCAAAGAUUCCUCCGUUCAUCUAGGUCGGCAAUUUCUUGGGGACCCUUUCUACUGCGACCGAUAUAUUCAAAAAGGAUGCAUUCCGCUAGCCCUCAGCAAGUGAUUUCAGAUGCCCGCCAAACCGAUGCCUUUUAUGGAUCUUUAGCAAUCCGUCCGAGUGAAGACGACCCGGAUAUCCGCCAGAAGUACCGGCCAUUCAUUCUUGGCGGCAAUGCGACUGAGGACUGGGUCAACAACUUAGAACUGGCCACAGCUCUAGACAUGGCCGAGCAUAACCUGAGGAUUACAAAUAAGAGGCUGAGAGUUAUAGUACUUUAUGGAAGCCUUCGGAAAAGGUCAUAUUCACGGCUCGUCGCAUUUGAAGCCUCCCGCAUCCUGUUCCGACUCGGCUGUGAUGUGCGCGUUUUUGAUCCGGAAGGUCUGCCAAUCAAGAAUGAUAGCGAUACAAGCCACUCAAAAGUACUGGAACUCCGAGAGCUCAGCCAUUGGAGUGAUGGUCAUGUCUGGGUCUCGCCUGAACAGCACGGCAAUCUGACCGCUGUUUUCAAAAACCAGAUUGAUUGGAUUCCUUUGACUACUGGAAGUGUUCGUCCCACCCAGGGCCGAACACUAGCCAUUGCCCAGGUUUGCGGUGGAUCCCAAUCAUUCAAUGCCGUCAACUCUCUGCGGAUCCUUGGUCGGUGGAUGCGCAUGUUUACUAUCCCGAAUCAAUCCUCGAUCCCCAGAGCAUAUACACAAUUUCCGGAUGAAGGUCAACCGGAAGAUCUGCGACUCAUGCCUAGUGGCAACCGAGAUCGUCUGGUAGAUUGCAUGGAGGAAUUUAUCAAAUACACGAUUCUGAUGCGCCCUCAUAUCGGGCUUUUUGGUGAUCGCUUUAGCGAACGGGAAGAUAAGAGGUUAAAGGAGGCGAAGACGAAUGCCGCUAUAUGA